AGAAUGGAGUUAGAUGAAUCCAGUUCGCUGUGUGUAUGUUAAAAGAAAAAGCGUGAAGGUAACGACAAACCCAAUCCAUCUAACCGCGCGUAUAAGGUAGUAAUAAGCACUUAGGUUGCGCGCGCAGACCUGUGAUGUGGUUAACUUUGAUUAUCUUUUAGAUUAGAUUAGAUUCCUUCUUAAUAUGAACCAAAACCAAAACCAAAAAAAAAAAAAAAUAGUGAGUGGACCCACAAAAUAUAAAAGCCAAGCUCCGAACCCAUCCUCACUUUUAUGUGAUGCCAAAGCAUUUGUUCACUCACAAAGUGAGCAUGUGAUUUCACUGACACUUGACAACUCUGCGUUGUAUAUAUAUAUAAAAACAACGGCAUUUCAGUUCAAUAGUAUUGAAUCAUGCAUCAAUCAAUGAAAAUGAAGAAGGUGUUGAGGAGCUUGUUCCAAAUUGCGGUUUUUCAUGUGUUGUUAAAACCAAAAGCGGGAUUGGGGAGCAGCCACGACUACGGAGACGCGUUGUCGAAGGCGAUUAUUUUCUUCGAGGGACAGCGAUCGGGAUUCCUGCCAGAGGAUCAGAGAGUGAGUUGGCGAGGGAAGUCGGGGCUGAGCGACGGGUGGAACUACAACACGGAUCUCACCGGCGGCUACUACGACGCCGGCGACAACGUCAAAUUCGGGUUUCCGAUGGCCUUUACCACCACAAUGCUUGCGUGGAGCGUGCUCGAAUUCGGUGACGUCAUGCCUCCCAAUGAGCUCAGGAACGCCCUCGUCGCAAUUCGUUGGGCCACCGAUUAUCUCCUCAAGACUGUUUCUCAGCCCAAUCGGAUUUUCGUUCAGGUGGGUGAUCCAAACUCAGACCAUGAAUGUUGGGAGAGACCAGAGGACAUGGAUACAGCCAGGACUACGUAUGCUGUUGAUGCACCAAACGCGGCUUCCGAUGUCGCCGGUGAAACAGCCGCCGCUCUAGCCGCCGCAUCCAUGGCAUUCCGGUCAUCGGACCCGGGUUACUCGGAGACAUUGCGUCGUAAUGCUAUUACAGCCUUCCAAUUUGCAGAUAACUACAGGGGUGCUUACAGUGACAAUGAUAAUGUUAAGUAUAAUGCCUGCCCAUAUUACUGCGAUUUUGAUGGCUAUCAGGAGAUAGCAUAUUAUGCUCACGGGGUACAUUUUGGGGCAUGCAUUGAAAAAUUCUGGAAGUUGAAUCUUCUGGAUGAGUUGUUAUGGGGAGCCGCAUGGCUAAGGAGGGCGACGCAGGACGAUAAUUUCCUCAACUACAUUCAAACCAAUGGCAAAACUCUUGGUGCCGACGACAACAUCAAUGAGUUUGGUUGGGACAACAAACAUGCUGGCCUCAACGUACUUGUCUCUAAGGAAGUCAUAGAAGGAAACAUGUACUCUCUUGAGUCCUACAAGUCCUCAGCAGAGAGCUUCAUUUGCACCCUCAUACCCGAAUCACCAAGCUCACACAUAGAGUACACGCCAGGUGGACUUGUGUACAGACCCGGAGGCAGCAACUUGCAACAUGCAACUUCAAUUGCUUUCCUUGAAUUGGUCUAUGCCAAUUACCUAACACACGCUUCACAAGCCAUCAAUUGUGGCAAUGUCUAUGUUAGUGCACAAACACUUCGCCAACAUGCUAAGAGGCAAGUUGAUUACAUUUUGGGUGAUAACCCAAUGGGAUUAUCCUACAUGGUUGGCUAUAGCAACUACUAUCCACAACGUAUUCAUCACCGUGGAUCUUCCUUACCCUCCAUCAAGGAUCAUCCUCAGUUCAUUGCAUGCAAAGAAGGUUCAAUUUAUUACAAUUCCACCAAUCCCAAUCCUAAUGUUCUUGUUGGUGCCAUUGUUGGAGGACCUGACGAAAAUGAUGAUUAUGUGGAUGAUCGAGUUGAUUUUAGGAAAUCCGAGCCAACCACAUACAUUAACGCACCAUUUGUUGGGGUUUUAGCAUAUUUUGCUGCUAAUCCCAACUUUAGUUAAUAUAAUAAAAACAAUUACCAUAAGGUAUAGGUUCAUCUUUUUGUAAAUGAAAAGAUAUACGCCGAAGAUGUUUCUCAUCUUGAGAAAAUCAAGAGGGUAGAGGCUUGAUUGGGUUUAGGAGCAUUACUAGAAAGGAUGACGGGUUUUUAAUUACUUCUAAAUGUUUUAUUCUCGAUGUUUGGAUGUACGGGUUUGUUAACUAUCUUAAAGUUAUAUCAGUGAAUAUAAAGUGUUCAUUUUGUUUUAAA